GUUUCUAAGCUUGCUACUAAUUAGUAAUGGUACAAUAGCUUCAUACAGUAGCUUCAAUACCUUACGAAGAUCGUCAAUUUCGCAAAUCGUGAUGCGCUCGACUAGAGGCGAUAUCGGUGUAUUUCCUUAAUAAUCUCCAUCUCUGGCCGCACGAAUUAUAGCAGAGAUUAGAACACAUCAUCUCGGACUGAGGCAGUAUUGGGAAAGUCAAGCAAACGACUAAAUUGACGGUUAAACUGACUGGCUAGCUUCAGCCCUGCCCCUUCUCAAAAAGCUCAGGACAGCCUGCAUCCCAAAUCAUCAUACAACAUGCCGGGAAUUCACUCGCAAAGAUCACGUAAUAGAGUCUCACGAGCCGCAUUUGUGACCAUCGGUGCCACUGCCGGUUUUCGGGGCCUUCUUCAAGAAGUAGUCUCUCCUAAAUUCCUCACGACACUCCAGUCCCGCAAUUUCACGGACCUCAUCGUCCAAUGCGGCCCUGAUCUGGAUUAUUUCCUAACCAUUACGCCAGAUAAUAGCCAAGAGUCGUAUGGCAUAGAAAUUACCGCCUUUUCCUAUGCCCCCGAUCUCAACAAGUAUUUUGCACUAGCUUCCCGUGGCGAAUAUGGCAACAGUAAUAGCCAACGAGACCGUGGAGUGAUUAUCUCGCAUGCAGGAUCUGGUAGCAUCAUUGGAGCACUUGAGUUCGACUCAAAGCUGAUCGCCGUUCCAAAUCCUGAGCUUAUGGACAACCACCAACUUGAGAUUGCCGAAGAAAUGGAAUUGCAAGGCUUUCUUAUACACGGAACACUUGGGUCAGUCGCAGAGGCCAUUAAGAAGAUUGAUAUAACCGACCUACGGAAGUGGCCACCUGGACCAUCGCCUGGAUCCGCCUAUCAAAAGGGAGGGCUCUGGGAAGCUAUCAACGAACUAAUGCCGUAG